AUGAUUAAACAAUACGAAAGCAGUGUUGCAUUUGUGCCACUAAUUGCCGUUUUAGAGCAUAUGGCUAUUGCCAAAUCUUUUGCAAAAGGAAAGACAGUUGACGCGACUCAAGAAAUGAUAGCCUUGGGCUUAUGCAAUCUCUCAGGAUCUCUCAUAAGGUCAAUGCCGGUAACUGGAUCUUUCAAUCGCUCGGCCAUCAAUAAGGCUUCGGGAGUUCAAACUACUUUAGCGGGUGUUAUGGUUACUAUAAUGGUACUAUUUGCCCUUGUUUUUCUAACCACUUCAUUUUCUUUUAUACCCAAAGCGACAUUGGCCGCUAUGUUAAUAUACGCAGUUGCUCACGUUGUAGAUUAUAAAGCCAUCAUUACACUAUGGAGAACUAAGAAGAUGGAUCUAAUACCUUUCGUCAUUACACUAGUGGCAUCCCUUAUAAUUGGAUUGGAAUAUGGAAUUUUAAUUGGAAUUGGUAGCAACAUCAUUUUUCUGCUCUAUUCCAGCGCGCGACCAUCAAUUGAGAUUGAAAGAGAGAAGUUUCCACAAGGCGACGUAUUUGUAGUAACGCCGUGUAGAAGUCUCCAAUUUCCAUCGGCCGAAUAUCUGAGGGAGAAGGUGAUACAAGACUGUUACGAUCCCAAAGUAACGGUCGUACUCAAUGGAAAACACAUAAAUAAUGUUGAUGCAACAGUGGCGAAAAACUUUAAAGUUCUUGCCGACGAUCUGAUACUGCGAGAGCAAAGUAUUAUAUUUUGGAACUUUAAAAUGAACGUCAAAAAUAUCUGUAAAGGCGUAGAUCAAAAGUUGGUGGACCUUUUUACGGACGGUAACCUACAAGACAUUAUCGAAGAGUACGUUGCCAAAUUUGUCUAG